AUGUCUCCCCAACAGGCCCCGGCCAUCGAAAGGCUUCCCUUCAUCCCUCCAGAGAUCUUCCUGAACAUUAUGGAGUUCUUCAUCGCCGAGGCCGAGAAGCUUCAGACCUGUAUCCUCUGGGAGCUCCACCACACUUGCGAAGACCGCUCCAAACUCUUCGUCGCGCCCUACAAUACCGACCUGGCCUACGAACUCGCUAUAAAGGAGCGCUUCCGCAAUGUUCAUCUCGUCCUACAAAUCAGUCGAGCAACGCGCGCCAUGGCUCAUCGGACGUUCAUUCAUGUCCCCAUGGCCGUCCGCGGUCGCAAUUGGGGUCUCAGGAUCUCGGACUUCAACACACUGGUCUUGCCCAAGCUUGAUUGCUUCUAUCUCUGUUACCCUGAUCACUGUCUCGGCGAUCUCUCCAUGGGCUGGGAUCAGUAUCUCGAACAGGUGAUGCGGCAGCUACGCCCCGAGUCUUACGCCCUUCUCGAACGAAUUGAACAUACCUACCUCGAAGACAUAUGGUGUCUUGCCCCAUGGGAAGCUCCCAUACACGAGGUCAUUCUCUCCCUUCCCAACAUCAAGGAUAUCUUGGUUGACGUUGGAAGCCAUAACGUCGAGGAGAUGCAAUUGACUCGGCACGGCGGCGAGCGGUUUAUUGUCCACGGGGUGUCCCGUGAACUGACUAACUGGGAAUCAGGUCUUAAAAAUAUGGACUUGAGCUGGGACGAAGUGUGGGAGCCAUUUCUUGAGAGAGGCGUCAAGCUCUUUGGUUGUCUGACUGAUUCUCUCACUCUGUUCAUGGAAAUCCUGAUCACGGAGACGGAUAUUUCUUACAAGUAUCUCGGUCCAAAGCGCUCGGGCGUCGAGGAAGAGGAGGAGGAGUAG